AUGAAAGAUAGCCGUUCCCAACGGCUCGAAAUCGAUUAUACGAGAUCAAUUUCUAGAGUAUAUACAGAAUCAGCCAAGGCCAUUAUUGAGACUAGCUGUUCUCUCGAUGUCCUUUCUUAUGUCAAUGCGGCAGAUAGAACCGGCUCAUGGGAUCUGCCAUCAUGGGUUCCGAAUUGGGGCACAUAUAAAACACCUGACACAGCGGAUCGACCGAUCUCUUAUAACCAACAACGAGCCAUGGGUAACUCAGUAGCUCGAGUCAGUUUUCUACAACGUUCCGGAAAAGAAGUACUACUUGCUUGGGGAAUUUGUUUCGGUACAGUAGUGGGGUUGAGAGAUCCGUUGAUUAAUAUCGACACAGAGCGGAUGAGAGACAAAGCCCGAAUUGCGAACCUUGAAUACCUAAGCUUAUACCGCCAGCUUCCAUUAGUCUUCAGAGACCUAUCAGAAUUAGCACUGCCGAAUCAACUUUCAGGUGAAUCUUUCCGCCGCACAUGCUCUCUUGGCCUUCUUGGUCACGAAGUCGAUGAUUCAUUCGGAGAACUUCUCGAUGAACUGCCACUGGAAUCUUCGGACAACAAACAAGCCCUAAGUUCAACUGCUGAGAGCCUUAUCAAAAGGUUCGGCUAUAGAUAUAGGACAAUGGCAUUAGCAUUGGCGAAUCGUUCAAUAUUCGUGGUCAAGCCAACCAACUUGGGCAAAAUACAGCUCAACUAUGAGAUCGGAAUAGGUGAGGCCGCCGCGGUCCAAGAAUCUGACCUUGUGUGCCUCCUUGAAGGCUGUGGCACGCCACUGAUCCUGAGGCCAAUGGGUUCGCAACACGUGGUGUCCAUGAUGACUGAACUUGAAGAUAAAGUCAGGCGCGAGGAGGGCAUAGUGUCGCGGCCAGAAUCAACUCUGAACAAUUCAUCUGAAAACACGGGUCAGGCAACAUAUCAACAACCUGAAGAAGAAACCACUACCCAGGGUCAAGAAGAUACUUCGGAGAGGCGACCAAGGAAGGACGAAGACAAGCGAUCUUCCGAGAACUGA